AUGCAGUCCGUCCCCGAGUCGCGCCAACAGACCUUUGAGGAGAUCUACGGGCCACCGGAGAAUUUCCUUGAGAUUGAAGUGCGCAACCCGCAAACGCACGGCACGUCGCGAAACAUGUACACCUCAUACGAGAUCGUGUGCCGCACCAAUAUCCCCGCGUUCAAGCUGAAGCACUCGGUCGUGCGCCGCCGAUACUCGGACUUUGAGUACUUCCGCGAUAUUUUGGAGCGCGAGAGUACGCGCGUUACCAUCCCGCCAUUGCCGGGUAAGGUGUUCACCAACCGGUUCAGCGACGACGUCAUCGAGCACCGACGCGAGGGGCUUCAGCGGUUCCUGCAGAUUGUGGCGGGACACCCGCUGCUGCAGACGGGGAGCAAGGUGCUCGCUAGUUUUAUACAGGACCCGAACUGGGACCGCAAUGCGUGGUAG